ACAAUCGCCACCGCAAUGUGAGCUGUCGAAUAAGGAAAGGCUGCGGUCCUACUUAAACCACAGAAUGCGAGUCACAUGCGGCGACGGAAGGCAGUUCGCCGGGUUUUUCCGAUGCGUUGACAGCACCAAAAACAUCAUUCUUGCCGACACCACUGAAACUAGAAAAGGCUCGCAGCGUCAUGUAGGCAUGAUCAUGAUUCCGGGAGAUCAUAUCCGGCAAGUGCUGGUUGAAAAUCUGGAGGUAAUAUAAUUGAGCUGCAGAAUUCCGCAAGGCCGAGCUAAGCCGAGCCAAGUCUAAUCAGGUCAAGCGCCGGCUUGUCGAGGAGCCGCUUGUAUCAAAGUUCCAUCGCCCACACUGGUCCAUUUUUGUUUCCCUUAUAAACUUUUAAUCACUUUUGACCACUUAAUUUUCAUUCAAAAAGCCCCCAACUUUAAUGGCAAUGGCCGAGUGCGCGCUCAAGUGCAAUAACAUCAAGUGCAGGCAGUCGCUGGC